AUGGCGAGACUCACUGACGCUGCCGGCGAAACAUCUGGGAAUGUACCACGUCCACGGUCCAACUCUGGAAAUGAUGAUGCAUAUAAUGGACUCCGGACUAGUCUUUGUCGGUGUGGCCGUCUGAAGCGGCUGAUUCUCAACUCGAAUCGUUUGCUUACGUUGCCCGAUGCCAUACACUACUUACGCGAGACGCUUGAGGUUUUUGAGGUGGAAAACAAUCCACAGCUGCGCUUUCCUCCAAAGCCGAUUGAAAUACAAAAA